CCAUCUCUCUCGCACAGAUAUAAAGCGGCCAUGGGUCUCCUGCAAUCACGCGAGGAGCAACCUCCGCCAGCCCCCGAUCUGUGGCCGGGCACCAACCUCAACGUACCCCCCGACUCGCCAGAGAUUCGCCUAUCAGCGAUGCCCUCCGAGCCCGUGACCCUCACGUCUCUCUUCACGGGCGUCAAGCCGCCGGCGCUCACGCACGACCACCCGGGCUUCACCGGCGCCGACGUGCGCGACAUCCAGGCGUCGCUCCUCGCCAAGGGCCUCCCGCUCGAGAUUGCCCGCGUCAUCCUCGACAAGGCACUCGUGUGGACCAGCUGCCACCGGUACAACCGCACCGAGCUCGCCGUCCCCGCCAUCUCUGAAGCGCGCGAGACCCGCGGCCAGGAGAGGAACUUUACCGACCAGGAGGGCGAGAUCGGCCACGAGCUCCCCCGACUCAGCGGCAACGUGUUCUACCUCGUCUCUGCACCGCUUGGGUGCGACGGAAGCCCAGAGGAACCCAAGAGGCCCGAGGAAUCUAAGCGGCAAGGCAAAGCGCGCGCUGGGUCGAAGUGGAACUCGUCGGAUAAGGGUAGAGUGCUGGGGGAAAACUUGGACAAGGACGCUGGGGCCAGUUCGACCGAUCGCAAGGAGGCCGCUUCGCUCGACGCCGGUUCUAUCGAUCCCGAUGAUGCCGGUUCGAUCGCUUGCAAGGAUCUAGAGGCAAGCACGGACGCGCCCAGGCGUUGCUUCUGGCCCCGUGCGAUCAUCAUCUCGACACUGUCCAAGGACCAAGGCUGGGCGAACGAACAGCGGUACUACGGUGGAUACGAAGGCUCGUGGACCUGGUUCCAGGUCGGCCUGCUGCGCGACGGCGAGGAGGUCGGCGAGCGGUACGACGUGCAGCGCAAUAUUGUCGCUGGGCAGUACUACAAGGAGCACAAGACGGUGCUUGACGCAUCGCACCCGCUUCUCAAGGAGGCGCGUGAUGGCGAUCGCAUCGUCCUCUGGGUUCGCGCAAUGUUCCCGCUACACCCGUGCGCUCACACCGAGGCACUAACCAGCAGCAUUAUGGGGGAGCAGACAACAAAGCCCACCGGCUACGUCGGCUUCGUAAACGGCGACCAGCCGUGGCUGGCGCCGGCGUCCACUGAGAUUCCCUUCGUCGCUGUCGAGUGGGACGGGGACGAGCCGUUCCUGCGCGCGUCGGCAGACGUGGUGAUCACGCCGUGGCGCGAGUCGGACGUCGACGCGAUCGUCGGCCUCCUCGGCCACCCCGACGUGGGCAAGUACUCGUUCGACCGGCCGUUCCCUUACACCGCCGACGCCGCGCGCAAGCUGAUAGCCAACGACUCGGCGUCGCCCGAGACGCGGCAGACGCUGCGCGAUAACGGCUCGCUCCACUCCAACCCGUUCAUGGCGAUCCGGUACCGCGGCGCCCUUGCGGGCGACAUCCGGGUCUGGAAGCGCGUCGAUGGGCGCGGCGUCCACGGCCUCGCGUACGACGUGCACCCGGACUACCAGCGUAAAGGCGUCGCCCGGGCCGCGGUAUCUGCCGUGCUGGGGUGGGCUGCGCGCGCGAUGGAGGCGGACAAGAUGGAGGCUUACGCCGAGACGGGCAACGCAGCCUCCGCGGCCUUCUUGACACGCCUGGGCUUCACGUCUCAUGGGGUCGUGGACGCCCCUUGGCCGGCUGUGAGCGGCGGCGGGCGCCGCGAGAUGGCUGUGUGGCAGCGCGAGCUGCCCACGCCGGCGCCGUGGGUCGCGCAGGCUUCGCCAGCGCCGCCACCACCGACGAUGGUGCUCGACGGCGACGACGGCGAGGGAUACCUCGACCUCGGGGGCGGGUUCCGCAUCACACCGUACAGGGAUACCGCCGAGGAGGUGGAGCAGAUGAUGGAGCUGUCCAACCACCCAGAGGUCGCGCCGUGGCUGUAUACCCGCCCGACGCCGUUCCUCGCGUCCGACGCGCGCGCAAAGAUCACCAAAUCGAUACCGGGCCAGCAAGUGGCGCUGGCCGAGCUGCGCGCGAGCGAGCUCACCUCGACACUCCCGUUCACGGUUAUCCGCGACGAGACGGGCCGGUACGUCGGCGACAUUGCGCUCUACCCCGUCGUCUACUGCCCCGACCGGCUGGAGCUGAGCUACACGCUCCACCCGGACGUGCACGGCCGCGGGCUGGGCACACGCGCUGCGCUCGCGGUGCUCGGCUUUGCCGGAUCGAGGAUGAGCACGACGAGCAUCCAGGCUUACACGAAGGAUGGUAGCGCCGCGUCCGGCGGCAUGCUGGGCAAGCUCGGCUUUGUGGUCGGCGAGGUGCGCCCGUUCAAGUGGGUCGAGAGCAAGGGCGGCGGCUGGCACACGACGACGAUCUGGGAGCGCGAGCUCUCCCCGCCUGUGCCCGGCUGGGUGGCGAAGAUCAUCACGCCGCCGCCAGCGCCUGUGGUGCAGUGGGAUGGCGACGAGCCGUACCUAGCUCUGGCGAACGGCGUCCGCGUCACCCCGUACCGCGACACGGAGCGCGAGAUUGCCGAGCUGAUCGAGCUGUCCAACCUAGACGAGAUUGCAAAGUGGAGCUAUACGCGGCCUGCGCCGUUCACGCCCGCCGACGCGCGCAAGCGGCUCGACGAUAACGCCGACCAGGCUGCCGCCGUGGCCGCCCUCAAGGCUGGCGCCGCCCCGCAGGUGAACCCGUUCACAGUCAUCCGUGACGCCGACGGCCGGUACAUCGGCGACCUUGCGCUGGCCGCGACGCCUGGCCCGGAGGGGUGGUACUUUGGCUACAAAGUGCACCCGGACUACCACCGGCGCGGGAUCGGGAGCGCGGCGGUGCUGUCGGUGCUGGGGUACGGCGUGCACGCGCUCGGUGUGCGCCGCGUUCAUGCUUACACGCAAACCGCCAACAUUCCCUCCUCGCGCAUGCUUGAAAAGCUUGGGUGGACGCUCGCGCAGGUACGAAUGUGGAAGUGGCCCGAGCACUGUGGUGGCGGCUAUAGGGAGGGGAGUACGUGGCAGUGCGAGUUUGGUGUGUAGCCAAGGAAGCGGUGCAAUGUUCUAGAUGGCAAUUAUGCAUAGCGAAGAUGUUGG